AUUUCGUCGUUGCACUGAUGUUGGAGCUGGAUUCUCAUAUAACAGCUGACUUUACUAGAAAAAAGAGGAAGAAAGAAAAACUUAGCGAUGGAAAAAUUAUCGUUAUUUACUUGUAUAUGAUACGUCUUGAUAAAGCAGUUGUGAGGUUCGUGUAAAUCAGCUGUAUUCCGCGCUUUCUCGCUCGUUCGAGCCCGUUCAGUCGGGCUGUGCGGCUGUGGCUAGUCUGAGUGUUCGGUAGCGCUAUGGAUCACACAGACAGCGUUAACGCUGAUCCUGCCACAGACACCCACACUGAAGACCGUUUUCAGCGCUUCAGGAACCAAAGUGGGUUUUGGUGGCUUGGUCUGUGUAAUAACUUUGCCUAUGUGGUGAUGCUGAGUGCUGCGCAUGACAUUUUAGAACAGCAGGAGCCCCACAAUGCAACAGUGCCUACCCCAGCUCCAGGCCUUCUGCAGUCAGACGGUGGAAACAGCACCAACAGUAGCAGCUAUGGCUGCAACCCUGUGUCUACAGCAGCUGUCCUGCUGGCUGACAUCAUACCAACAUUUCUGAUCAAGCUUACAGCACCGUUUUACAUUCACAAAGUGCCUUAUGGGGUCCGUGUUCUGGUGUGUGUCGCCACGGCAGCAGUUAGCUUCUUGGUGGUGUCGUUUUCUUCAACUGUGUGGAUGAGCAUCUUAGGUGUCAUCUUUGCCAGUGUGAGUUCAGGUCUCGGGGAACUCUCCUUCCUCUCCCUCACUGUCUAUUUCAGCAACAACGUGCUGAGUGGAUGGGGAUCUGGUACGGGGGGUGCAGGGGUUGCUGGGGCUUUUCUGUACUCUGCCCUCACACAGGCUCAUCUGUCACCUCGGAAUACAUUGCUGAUCAUGCUGCUUGUUCCUGCUGUUAUGAUGAUCAGCUACUUCGUCCUUCUGGUCUUUCCUCCCUCAUUUCCACAAUGGAGGCCCAGAGAAGCAUGCCAUUGCAGCUCCCAGGAAAGGCAGCCCUUAAUAUGGGACAAUAAUGAUGAAGAUUAUGUUCAAGAUGAGAGGGGAAAAGAAGACAGACAGACUGGACCCUUGACCUUCGUAAACAAGAUACACAUCCUAAAGGGUCUGCUGAGGUUUAUUGUGCCUCUGGCUGUGGUCUACUUUGCUGAGUAUUUCAUUAACCAGGGACUGUUGGAGUUGCUCUACUUUCGAAAUUCCUCUCUCUCCCAUGCAGAGCAGUAUCGCUGGUAUCAGACUCUGUACCAGAUCGGUGUUAUGAUAUCCCGCACUUCUCUCUUCUGCAUAAAGAUCAGGAGAGUCUGGCUGCUUUCUUUCUUACAGUGUGUCAAUGCAGUGGUGCUGGUUUUUGCAGUGUAUUAUCAGUUCUUGCCCAAUGUCUGGCUGGUGUUUGUCAUAGUUCUUUAUGAAGGUCUGCUGGGAGGAGCCACCUAUGUGAACAUUUUCUACUUAAUCAGCAAAGAGACUGGUGACCGCGAGCGGGAGUUUGCAAUGGCUGCUGCAAGUGUCGGGGACAGUUUUGGUAUCGCUCUCUCCGGAGUUGUGGCCUUCCCUGUCCACAACUACUUCUGCUCUCUGUGAGGGAGGACAGCACCAUGAACAAACAGCACUAUGGAGAAACAGACAGAGACUGGCUGUGAGUCUGUGACUAUUGAGUAGCAAGAUGUGGACUAAAACAAGUAAAAGCUCAAAUGGAGGGACAUAAUUCUUGCUUACAAAUCUUUAUUUCUCUGACAUUAUUUGUGUGAUUUUACAUGUGAUCAUUUCAAAUAUGGGGUACUAACAGUUAAAGUGUGUAAUUUUGGUCUUACAUUCCUUUAUGAGGCUAGCAGUUCCCUAGCUCUGUUACAGAGACCUUGCUGUAUGUAUGCAAUAAUAGAUUAUCAUUAAAAUAAAUAAUGCUUUAAAAAAUCCAGCUCAUAUAAUUGAUAUCCUCCCUGCAUGAUGACCUGCCAGGGUUGAUAUCCCAAUCAAUACAGCACUAAAAACCCCUUAUUAUUAGACAAGUACAUAAACAUAGUUUUAGUUCUUUUUUUUCCAUUUAUUUUUCUUUUAUUCUUACCCAUAGUUUUAUUCAUUUAAUUUCUUUACAAAAUAUUUUUUUUUAACCCAGUUUUCCCUCCCAAGUUGUCUUGUCCAGUUCCCACCCACUAGCUAGGUCUCAACCUACCACACAAUGCUACUAAGAUAGAAGGAUGAAAGCUAGCUCAUGCUUCCUCUGAAACACGUGUGGCGCCCCAGCAUCUUUUUGAACUGCUGCUAACGCAUCACUAGGACAGCUCAACAGGCUUAGACGAGAAUUAUAACUGCCAGAUUUCUUACCUCAGCUAACAGAUCCCUGCGUUACUCUGUGUUGCAGAAGUAUUUUGGGGAAAAGAAGGACAAUCCCAGACAGGGGUGGCUAUGGUACUACUGAGGAAUUUUUUUACAAAUUUUUUUUUUAAUUGUAUGUUUUUUAAAUAUUGAAUUUUUAACCAUGAUUAAAGUCCUUUUUUUAAGCUUGACUAUGCAUGUAUGUGCACGACAUUUCCCUAAAAAACAAGUCAGUGUGAUGCAAAGUGUCUCAUGGACCUGGCUUGUAACUCACCUGUUCACAUUUAGCAAUUCUCCACAAGGGGGCACCAUUAGCACAUAAAAGUGCUUCAUAACCAGAGCACUUCACAUCAGUGAAACUGUGUUCUAAUUUGACUAUUUCAGGCAGCUUUACUAAAGGUUUUGUGGACAUAUAAUAUUAAUUAUAUUAAUGAAUUUGUUCUUAUUAAUUCAAUUGAAUCAAUUUUGACUCGAGCCAAAACAUCUUGUAACCUCUUUUAAAUUUUAUUGUUCAAAAAAAAUGAGCAAACAUGUUCUUAUUUUAUGCUGCUGUUUUAAAACUAUUUGCAAUGAUGUAAAAGCCAUAAUUCUAUAUAUUCCAUAAAUGCUAUAUGCAUAUAUAUGGCAGGGACAGUUAGCAUAUUGUUUCUAUGUAAACUUCACACUUAGAAAUACGAUGAUCAGUUGUUUAAAAUAUGCACAAGAGGCUAAAACACGUUGGAACCACACAUUCACCUUAAUAGGAACUUUCUAAAAUAGGAUGACUUCGUUUCGGAUUGGCAUGGAGUGAUUGUCACCCUUAAAGUACCACAAUAUGCUUUAUAAAAUAGCCUAAUUUACUGUUGUACCUAUGAACAGACCAUACAAUAAAGGGUUUAAGCAUGCUGGGCCACUAAAAAAUGUGAUUAUACAGUGUAUCUCCUGGACCCUCAAAUAAGUCAACUAAUAAGUCCACAGCUUCACUGUCCAAGAAUGGUGCUAACAGUGCAUUGAAUGUCCUGCCUGCUGAUCAUAGGAUUUACAAAUGGCAAGGAAAUAAUUAUUUUACACUGACUAAACAUAAGUGCGACACUAUCAGAUAUUUGCGAGAUGCACACUGAUACACAAAUGCCUGAAUAUUAGCACUUGUUUUUUUGGAGAAUAUAUCAAACAUCCCAUCCAUAGUCACUGGUUCUGGUGUUCAGAUAGAAAUUAAAGGACCCAUAUCUUUGAAAAUUGAAUUUUCAUUGUGCUUUUGAAUGUUUGAGGUAGUUUGUAAAGAUUCAAAACAGACCAUUUACACCCCAAUCCACAUACAGAAAUUAAGCUGCAAAAACAGCCAUACUGAAUUCAUUGUUUUUGUGAUGUCACAACACUGGACUCUGACAGUCUGGAUUUGGUGAAUGCCAGGAGAAUAAUACCUACCUGACUGAUUUGUGCCAACUGUAAAGUUUGGUGGAGGUGGGAUAAUGCUGUGGGGUUUGUUUUUCCGGGGUUGGCCUAGACCCCUUAGUUCCAGCGAAGGGAAAUAUAGUGUAUAUCCACCUAUUCAUGCUUAAAUUGUAAGGAGGGUUUCAGCUUAGAGUGCUUUGAAAAUCAGGCCCAAUACAGGACUGUCAGAACAGAGCUCAUUUACAUUCAGUCUUAAAGGCACGGUAACACAAACAGCCUGUUCAGUUCUAAGAGAUAACAAGAAGUUGGAAAAGGGUAAUAAAAAAAUCUUAACAGACUUCAGUGGGAAAAUAUGGGAUAUGGGCCCUUUAAUAUCAGUCAUGCAUAGAAGAAGAACAGCAUGUCUAAAAUGGCCAAGUUAACCAAGACAAACCAAGUUACCAGGUCAUACUUUGUGUCUGUUGCAUCCAAGCGUUUGUUUUAGCUAUCUUUAUCUUUAUUAUACAACAAUGAUUAAAUGCAUCCUUACAUGUCCUUUUAAUCAUCUUUGAUUAACAAUGAUUUCUCUGCAUUUAUUUGAAAUUACUGUCUGAUCUUAAAUGAAGAUCGACAGAGGAGCUGUGUAACUGCUUUGAUGUCUCUUUCCACAGAGAAAGAUCCAUCUGUUAUAACACUCACAUUCAUGUACAUAUCUUCAUGUGUCUGCCUGACACGAGGUGAUCAAGAACAUUUGAAAUAAAAACAUGUUAUGAAAACUAUUUCAACCCAAA